UUAUAUAAGAAAAUAAGAUUGACGAAUAAGAUUAAUAAGAUAAUAAGAUAUUAAUAAGAUAAUAAGAUUCUACGAAUUCAACUAUAACCUCGACGAAGACGGAAUCCACUCGUUUUGCAUAAUUCUGUAUUAUUAAUCUUAUUGAUUCUCACGGCUCAUUCUUGUCAAUUGACUGGCGUGCCGACCCGUCUGAAGUUAGCCGCGCUUGGCAACACCAAUGCAGCGCAUGGUGCUGUGUGGUUAGAUGUACGUGCUCGGACGCACAGACAAACGCGGCGGGAUGUAAAGGGUCCUUGGUGAAAUUCAAGUGUCUUAUCCCCUUGUUUAGCGGUGUUGUCAUUAUCGGGUGGGAAAGCCUCGGCAGGUAGUGUGGACCAACAGGAAAGUCGAGCCUAUGCGAACGCGCGUGCGAAAAUAGGUACGAGGAGGGAAGGAAAACAAAGACGGACGGACGUGUAGAAACGAGCAGGUAGAACAAAAUAGGGGUUUCGGGUAAUGGAGUGUCCCACGCUGUGCAUCGUCGAAUUUGUCCUUCCGGUCGCGGCCGAGAGCAGCCAGCAAGUAUACGCGUGCAACGGCAGCAGCUGAGAGGAGGCGUGCCGCGCCACCAUAUUGAGUGAAGCGGACGGACGACGUUGACCCGGCGAAGAUGAUCGUCUGCGGCAGAGUCAUCGGCCGAUUAUCGUCGAGGCUGACGUGCGCGACUCGCCUGUAUCAGCCAGUUAAUUACGCGGGAACUGUAAAUAUUAGCAAGUUACACUACAGUAGCAAUGUGAGCAAUAAAAAGUCAUCAGGCACCACUAUUAAGCCAGAGGAAUGUGUGCCUGAAUCUAAAUAUUCUAAGGCACAAAAAGAGAUUCCUCCCUGUGCAUCACCUAAUGGUUCUUGCCCACCAGAAUGUAACAAGGAGCAAUCGGGCAAUGGAGGUGGCAAAAAAUAUCAAUUCCAAUAUUGGCAUCUGCUCGCUGCUUUGGUUGUAACAGGAGUUGCUGGAUAUACGAUAUUCUCAUUGUUUGGGUCAAAAAGUGAUGGAGCAGUUUCUGAAAAGAAAGGAAAAAAGAAGCCUAGAAGAUUUAGACAAAAAGUGAAAAUUCCAGUAGAAUCAAAGAUGAUGCCCCAAGAAGUACCUUAUCUAUUGAUAGGUGGUGGAACAGCUGCAUUUUCAGCAUUUAGGUCAAUUAAAUCUAGGGAUCCCAAAGCUACGGUUUUAGUAAUAACAGAGGAAGAAGAUCUUCCAUACAUGAGACCACCAUUAUCCAAAGAACUUUGGUACAAUACAGACAGAGAAUCAUCACAGCAGUUGCGCUUUAAACAGUGGAAUGGUACUCAGAGAAGUAUAUUCUAUGAGCCACAUGAGUUCUACUUGAACAUUGAUGAUCUCAUGAAAUCCGAGAAGGGUGGAGUUUCUGUAGCCACAGGCUGGAAAGUGACAAAAAUCGAUGCAAUAAAUAAAAAGGUGAUUCUUGAAGAUGGUCAUGAAAUAAAAUAUGACAAGUGUCUUGUAGCAACUGGUUCAACGCCGAAAAAUCUUCCGGUGUUUGAAUCCGCUGAGGACGAUGUGAAAAAUAAGAUUACAGUAUAUAGGACAAAGGAAGAUUUUCUCGAUCUGGAGGAAAAUAUUUCCGACUCAAAAUGCAAAAAUAUCGCUAUUAUCGGCGGUGGAUUUCUAGGCUCGGAACUCGCCUGUGUACUUGCUAGGAAUUAUAAAUCUAAAAACAUUCACCAAAUCUUUAGAGAGAAAUUUAUAAUGGCUCAAGUAUUACCGGAAUAUUUGAGCGAGUGGACUACGAAGAAGGCCGAAGGUGAAGGUGUUAAAGUUGUACCCAACAAAGAGGUUGAAGAUUUUAGAUACAAGAACGGCCAAUUGUCUCUUGUCCUCACUGGUGGAGAAACUAUGGACGUUGAUCAAGUGAUAGUAGCGGUAGGUGCUGAACCAAAUACGGAUCUGGCGAAAACUUCUCGUUUAGAGACGGAUCCUAAAAUAGGAGGAUUUCUCGUUAAUGCCGAGUUAGAGGCGAGAAGCAAUAUUUGGGUUGCUGGUGACGCAGCAUGCUUUUAUGAUGUUGUUCUUGGCAGAAGAAGGAUCGAGCACCAUGAUCAUGCUGUUAUCUCUGGAAGAUUAGCAGGCGAAAAUAUGACUGGUGCAGGUAAACCGUAUCUGCAUCAAGCGAUGUUUUGGUCUGAUUUGGGACCUGAUGUGGGAUACGAAGCAGUAGGUAUCAUAGACUCGUCCUUGCCAACAGUUGCAGUCUUCGCGAAACCAAGUACGACGGAAGGAAAUACAGAAUCUAGUGAUAAUCCUAAAGAAAAACAGGAAACAAAUCCCGGAGAGCAGCAAUCUAAUGUAAAAUCCGAAGAACUAUCGCAAAUCGUGAAGAACAUUAAUCAUACGGAUUUAGAAAAGAAAGAUAACAAGACGUCAGCAGAAGAAUCCAAGGAAGAUUUUAGCAAAGGCGUUAUUUUCUACCUCCAAGAUGAUAUUGUAGUAGGAAUAGUGUUGUGGAAUAUCUUCAACAGAAUCCGAAUUGCCAAACAGGUCCUUGCGAAAGGCACAAAAUAUGACGAUCUGAAUGAAGUAGCGAAGGUAUUUACCAUUCACGACGAUUAAUUGUUUGGUUGUCAAACAAGAGUGAAAGACAAUACGACGAGGUUAUUGUACUUUAUGUAAAAAAAUAUUCGGCUUCCUUGUUCGAGAUAUUGUUAUCGAUGGAAAACCCGCAGGCAACAGCUCGCUGCGUUCUGCAGGUAUGCGAAUUGUAUAUGAACACUAGUACUACUAGUACUACUUUGUAUUGUACACGCUGAUUUUUAAAUAUAGUCUGUACACGAAACAUUGUCAUAGGAAUAUGCGAAGUGUAUGUAUGUUCAUCAUAGUUGAUGUGCUAACUAAGCAUUUAUAGGGAAUAAAGGAAGAGCGAUUUUAUUAAUUAUCAUGCAACAGUCAAUUAUUGUUAUAGAAGUAUACUGUUUUGCUAACGUAUCACUGUACACAUACAUAUACGCACAUACACACACUUUGGUGUAAAAGAAUUCUAUAAAAUAUUUUACAUGCUGAA